AUGUUCUCUCCACCUACCCAGCCACAGCAAGACUCGUCUCCAGUGAAGAGAUUGGCUUGCGAUCGAUGUCAUGAUCAGAAGCUCAGGUGCACACGACCUCAGGACGGGGAGCCAUGUGUUCGAUGCCAGAGGGCAGGCGUACUGUGCAACGUCAGCGUUGCGCAAAGGACAGGCAGACCGCGGAAGUCAUCAAACAAUCGACCUCAAGAUGAGAGAAAGACAACACCAAAUAGAUCUAGCUCAGCAACAGGCGGCAGUUUGGAGAACAGGGACAAGAAGAUGGGUAUCACGAGGACUAAAAGCACAGAGUCGAUGAGCGAAGGGAGUUUCGAUUCAACCCCUUUGCCAGACUCCUAUAUUCCGAUGAGCUGGGAGGUGGACGCAUUCGCGUCGAAUUCCUUGUUGUCAAUAUCCCCGGCUCUACUUCCAAUUCAGCCAUAUAAUCAACAGAUGUCGACCGACGAGUAUGCGGAUUUGCUGGAAUGCACCACCGAUCAAGCCUAUUUUGAUAACAUGGAUCUUUCCGAUUUCUCUGACACAAAUUUCACGCCAAACUUCUAUGAGCCGAAUCCAAAAAAGAGAAAGUCAAAUACUCAGCAAUUCUACACGGACCAAGUUUCCAUGUCCCCUCCGGUUGAUGACGGGUUUUCUGCUAGAAUAUCUUCCUUCCCGGACAUGGAAAUGCCCACCAUCAGUCCAGCAAUCACCACUUUAUCCUCCACAGCGGGCAUGCCAGACCUCAUGGCGGCCAUAAGCCCGCCCAACGACUCAACGCACGCCCAGAAACUGUCAAAGCUUCAAUCCGAAAUCGAAACCUGCUCAGAAAGCAUCACGCACCAAGCCCGUCGUAUGAGCACACCUUCAACCGCCUACAGUUCGGAGGGCCAGAAGCUAUCCGAAGCCCUUGGCGUCCUACUCUCUACAGCCGAACGCUUCAUCGAGCUCAUUACCUGCAUCUGCAAGUCAUCCGACAGUCUAGUCCCCAGCCGCUCUUCUUCUCCCUCACCGUGGUACCAGCCAGACCAAGCAAACGGGUCCUUCGGCACCACCAACCGGCCAUUCUCAGCCCUCCAUUCCCACAACAAUACCUUCUCCACCAGUCUCGACCCGGGUCUCCUCCUCGGCGGAGCAGCCGCAGCGCCCGAGAGUAGCAGCGCCCUCAGCACCUCGACAUUCUACACGAUGCUCAAGUGCCACGUCCGCCUGCUCUCCGCCUACGACGCCACCCUCGACGCCAUGUCCUCCCGCCUGCUCGAGCUCGCCCAUCUCGACAUGCACGCCAUCGCCCUCACCUCGGCGCUCUCCAUCGGCUCCUUCGUCGUGCCCUACGGCGCCAUCAUCGAGACGCUGCUGCACCUGCAGGUCAUCUCCCACCAGCUGCACCGUCUCAAGACGGCCCUGCAUGGGAACCUGCUCAAGCUGCAGCCGCCCCGGCAGCAACAGCAACAGGAGCGGCAGGGCGGCGGCAGAUCGAUCCCGUCGCGCCUAGGCCUGUGCCGACAGGCGGCUGGACGGAGCCCAAGUGUCAGCAUGAUAGAUUUCAAACUCGAGGAGAUCCACGAGCGGGAACGGGCCCUGCAGGCGAAAUUGCUGCGGAUCGAGAACCUGGCUGAGAGCUCGAAGCUGCAAGAAGCUCGGAAUCAUGACGAGGAGGGUUUCACCGCUCUUUGGGCAUGA